CAGCGACCCCAGCGACCCCAGCGAACUCCACCGCCCGCAGCGCCCGCAACACCCCCCAGGGCACGAGCGCAGCGCCCGGCACGACGCGCAUGGCACACGAUGGCCGCUCAAUCGACGCUGCGAGAGCGCACUGACCCGCUGCACGCCCUCUACGACCACUAUGCCCGGCUCGCGCGAGCACGGGUGCGCGGCGCGUCGCGGCUCACGAAGCUGCUGUCGACGCUCACGCUGCUGCUCACCAUCAUCGGCACCGGCUACGGCAGCCGGCGGUGGUACGCGCGGCGACGCGCCGAGAAGGAGACGGGCAGGCGGCUGCUGCGGCGCAACUCGGGGCUCAAGAACAAGGACGGCAGCCGCACCAUCUACGUGCCCAACCGCGACUCGACGUCCAAGGUCGUCAUCAACCCCACCAAGCCGACCACGUUCGAUGCCCACCGCCGCCUGUUCCUGCAGCCGCCGCGCGCCGCGCGCAUGCACACGCACGACGCCGCCAACCCGCAGGCGCCGCCGCCGCAGACCAAGCCGGGCCUCAACCUGGCCUUCCUGCACCAGUUCCUCAGCCUGCUGAACAUCAUGAUCCCGCGCUGGAACAGCAAGGAGACGGGCCUGCUGGUCAGCCACGGCGUCUUCCUGAUGCUGCGCACCUACCUGUCGCUGGUCGUCGCCCGCCUGGACGGCGAGAUUGUGCGCGACCUCGUCGCCGGCAACGGCAAGGCCUUCCUCUGGGGCAUCUGCAAGUGGCUGGGCGUCGGCACCUUCUCGUCGUACACCAACGCCAUGAUCAAGUUCCUGCAGUCCAAGGUGUCGAUUGCCUUCCGCACCCGCCUCACGCGCUACAUCCACGACCUGUACCUGAACGACCACCUGAACUACUACAAGCUGUCCAACAUGGACGGCGGCGUGGGCCAGGGCGCCGACCAGUUCAUCACCCAGGACCUGACCCUGUUCUGCGCCUCGGCUGCCUCACUAUACUCGUCGCUCGGCAAGCCGUUCGUCGACCUUUGUGUCUUCAACUACCAGCUGUUCAAGUCCCUGGGCCCAAUUGCCCUGACUGGCCUGCUCAGCAACUACUUCCUGACCGCAACCAUUCUGCGGAAGCUUUCACCGCCCUUCGGCAAGCUGAAGGCUGUCGAGGGCAGGAGAGAGGGCGACUUCCGCGCCUUGCACUCCCGCCUCAUCGCCAACGCCGAAGAAGUCGCCUUUUACGGCGGCGACCAGAUGGAAAAGCACUUCCUCGAGCGCGGCUUCAAAGAUCUCAAGCACUGGAUGGAAGGCAUCUACAGCCUAAAGAUCAGGUACAACAUGCUUGAAGACUUCGUCCUGAAGUACUCCUGGUCCGCCUUCGGCUACCUCAUCACCUCCCUUCCUGUCUUCCUCCCUGCCUGGGGCGGUCUCAACGCCACCGCUGAACUGCCGGGCACCUCUGGCAUCGAAAAGUCCGGUCGCGAGCGAAAUCGCAUGAAAGACUUCAUUACCAACAAGCGACUCAUGCUCUCGCUCGCCGAUGCAGGCGGGCGAAUGAUGUACAGCAUCAAAGACCUGUCCGAGCUCGCAGGCUACACAUCGCGCGUGUACACGCUCAUCAGCACCCUGCACCGCGUCCACGCAGACGCUUACAUGCCGCCCCCAGGUACCCGCCCAGAACUGUACUCUGUAUCUGACGUACAGGGCACUGUGCACCGCGGCUUCGAUGGCUUGCGCCUUGAACACGUGCCAGUCGUUGCGCCUGCGCUACACCCUCGUGGCGGCGACGAGCUCCUCGAGUCUCUGUCUUUUAUCGUGCACAGCGGUGAGCAUCUCCUCAUCACCGGGCCCAACGGGGUGGGCAAGUCUGCUGUGAGCCGCAUUGUUGCGGGCUUGUGGCCUGCCUACCGUGGCUUGGUCUCUCGUCCUCGGUCGAUUGGCAUGGAUGGUAUCAUGUUCCUCCCGCAGCGCCCGUACCUAUCUACCGGCACCCUGCGCGACCAGGUCAUUUACCCGCACACAGCAGUGGAUAUGAAAGACGCCGGAAGGCGGGACUCAGAGCUCCUGGCUGUGCUCGAGGAGGCGAAGCUGGGAUAUAUUCCAGAUCGAGAAGGCGGAUGGGACACGAAGAAGGUGUGGAAAGACGUCUUCAGCGGCGGCGAGAAACAGCGCAUUGGCAUCUCUCGUCUUCUUUACCACGAGCCCCGCUACGCAUUCAUUGACGAAGGAACGAGCGCCGUGUCAAGCGAUGUCGAGGGCCUGUUGUACGAACGCUGCAAAGCGAAGGGUAUCACACUCAUCACGAUAUCCACCCGCGCCUCUCUCAAGAGAUACCACACCCACCUCCUGACCCUCGGGCUCGGCGAGUCCGGUGAGGAAUGGGAGUUCCAGCGCAUCGGCACCGCGUCCGAGAAAUCCUCGGUCGAGAAAGAACUGGCCGAGCUCCGCGAGCGACUCUCCAAAGUCGAGGAGUGGAAGGCGCGAAGAUCUGCAAUUGAGGAGGAGCUGGAGCGGGUGUGGGUCGAGGGUGGAGACGAGCUGAAUCCUCCGCCGUAUGCGGAGACGGUGGAUGUCGAUAGCGAAGGGAGCGAGGAAGUAGCUGAUAGUGCCAUGAGCGAGACGAGCCCAUUGAGCCAAGACAAUGAAGUCGUCGUUGACGCGAUGGAGCACAACAGCGCUCAGGACGCGCAGGGCGAGGGCCUCUUCAGUUCAACCAGCUCGUGGAACCCCGCCCACCGGCCCUCGUAAGCGUCCGUAUACAAGCAGCAUAUAGCACUCAACCCUCACUCCUGCCACCACUCUGUGACGCAUCUCCCAGCGCAGCAAUCCUGCUCCCCGUCCAUUUCUCCCCAAAGCGCCCUCGCAUCGCCCCGCGCACGCUUCCUAUACAACCCGCCAAUAUACCCACCCAACCCGAACCCCAAUCCCGACCCCUGAUCCCCGCCGCCCAG